GAGGCUUGCAGUCCCUCUCUUCGACAGCCACAUCCACCGCUCUUCUCUCCCCUUCUCCUCACCUCCAGCCCUCCUCUCCACUCAUCUGCCGCAACCCUCCAUUCAUCUGGAACCCUGAACAAAAUCAGUCCUUUAUCCUUCCCCAAAAUAAACCCUCAUUACCAUGGACACCACAAGGAACACCCUCUCCAUCUCUGGGGCCUUCUACCACCUUAUUGUCAUGAUGCUGACACUGGGCCAAGGCAUUCAUUCACUGCCUGUUCCUACUGACGUCCCCAUGUGCACGGCCUCAGAAACUGCCCAGUACAGGUUAACGUUUUCCGGCAAGUGGAACCAGGCAGCCUUCCCUAAACAGUAUCCUGUCUACCGUCCGCCUGCACAGUGGUCAAACCUCAUUGGGGUGACACACAGCUCUGACUACCACAUGUGGCAGCGUAAUGAAUUUGCCAGCAAUGGAGUGAGGGAGUUCGCGGAGAAAGGCGAGGCUUGGACGCUUAUGAAGGAAGUUGAGGCGGCCGGCGAACGCAUCCAGAGUGUUUAUGGGAUCCUCUCUGCUCCCGCUGUGAUGGGGGGCACAGGCCAGAUGAACACUGGGUUUGAGGUUUUCGCCAGGCACUCCUACCUGUCGUUUAUGGUGCAUCUCAUUCCAAGCCCGGACUGGUUUGUGGGUGUGGAGAGCUAUGACCUCUGCGAUGGCGACCAUUGGAAAGAGAACGUGUCACUGGAGCUUUUCCCAUUCGAUGCAGGAACUGACAGCGGGUUCACCUUCUCUUCUCCCAACUUCGAGACCAUCCCACAGGACAGAAUUACACAGAUCACUUCUUCCUUCCCUAGCCACCCUGCAAACUCCUUUUACUACCCCCGCCUGAAACACCUGCCGCCCAUUGCCAAGGUUACACUGACAAAGAUAAAGAAGACCAAUAAGAUAAUCAGCCUGCCUAUGGAGCCUACCCAGUCCAACCAACUGCCAACAGGAAAUGAGAUUGAGGACAAGCUCAUAAAUACCCCUCUGGACUGUGAGGUGUCAGUGUGGUCUCCUUGGGGCUUGUGCAAAAGCAAGUGUGGAGACUCAGGUGUGCAGCACCGCACACGCUACAUCAUUAUGCACCCCGCCAACAAUGGAUUAGCCUGCCCUCUGUUGGAGGAAGAGAAGAAGUGCUUCCCAGACAACUGUUUAUGACUAGGCCAGGAAAGGAGGAAGAAGAAAGAGAGGAAGGAGAGGAGAGAGAAGAAAGAGAGGAAAGCCAGGAAAGGGAGGAAAGGACGAAGACAGAGAAACAACAGUAAAAGGUCUGCGGCUUAUUCACAUGAGGCAUAAAUAUCAUGAAGCAAACUCCCUUAUUUCCUCCCUGGCUAUACCCUCUGUCUGUGGAAAUGACUAAUGUACUGAUUGUCUCAUUGUGAAAUUGCAGAAUGUCUUAUACUCAAGACACAUUGAUAGACCUGACAGCACUAGAGAGGUGUAGUUUGGCGAAAUAGCUAUUAGACACCACUUCAGUUUUGGCAGAUUAUCUAAAUUGUCUGGGGACAGAACUGUGCUGUUUUAAACAUAGACAUCAACUAAAAACACAUUUACACAUUAUAAUUGGGUUUUAAUUGGACAUUUCUAAAGAUCACAGAAACUUGUUUGCCCACAGUAGAUUAUAACUCCUAGCAGCUUCCAUCAAGCGGAAAGCGGAUUUGGAAAUUAAUCAAUAUAAAGUAAAUGAUACAUGAUCUAAAAUCCCUAUACUUAGCAGAAAAGCAUUACAAUAGCAGCUCUGGCACAGGGGAAAAUAUGACACCUCAAUAGUUCCAUUAGCAAAAGUGUAGUAGUACAAGCAGAGAAGUACAUCAGUACAUCAACAUCAGUACGGUCCUCUCCGCAUUCAAAACAUAACAUUCACUGAGACAUAUUAGAAAUAUUAAUUCAAACAUGUUUUGUAAAAAGAAAAUACUAAAAAUUUAGACAGUCACAGAGGAUAGAGUAACGUGAGGAGAAUUCCACAACUGAUAGCAG